ACAGCAAUAUAGUAUGUAGGUAAAUAGUAAUCUCAAAUCUGCAGUCUGUGCUCUAGUCUUUGUUCUUGUGUUGUGCCGUGGGGUCGUGUUGGAUUGCAGUCCCCCCCGUAAUACGUCUUGUGCUGACCGAAGAAAAUACAAUUAUUUUUUUUUCUUGAACCACAGAGAUCAUAUUAAGUAAUUGUUGUCUUUAAAAAGCUAAUAAUGCCGUUUAUAUCAAAGGAUUGGCGAUCUCCGGGAGAAGUAUGGGUUAAAACCGAAGAGGGCUGGGAAAAAAAGAAAAUCCUGGAGUGCUGUAAUUUUCUUCUCGGUCAACAGGAAAAUAUUUUGACCAGAUACUCGGAUUCAGAAGACUCUGAAGAUUGUGACGAUAAAAAGCCAAAUGACAAUUGGGACGAAGAAAAUGAAGAUACUGGCAAUAAAAUUAAACACAUCAGAAUGAAAUAUCCCAGCGAAAGUCAAUAUGAUGGUGUCAUUCAACCACAUUGUCAUAUCACAAUUAAGUGUACCAAAGAGAUUGCUGGUUUUAAUGGUUUAAGCGAAGCGCUUAAACGUUUAGACUUCCGCUCUGCAGUGCACGAUAUUCGUCGUUUUCACUAUAUUAUAAAACUGCUUGAUUUACUCGUUUCGCACAGACUGAAUGCGUUAUCUGGUUGUGCUCAAAGAGUGCUUUUCAAUAUAAUCGAAGAAGUGGCACGACAAGUUUCGGAGAGUCAACAGAACAAACACAUGUUGGAUCGUCUACUGAGUCAACUUCGGGAAGUUGUGGAGUGUGCUUGUUGGGGCAGACCUUUAGGCUCGACUAUCUUAUGGGAACAGCAUAUGAAUAGAAUAAACCGUAUACACGAAAUAGCUGAUCGUAUUGAGAUCAAUCAGCCUGGCGACAAUGAUGAACCUAAGUUUCAGCAGUUACCAGAGGAGUGUGUGCGCGAGGUGUUGCUACGGUUGGCAGAUCAUAGAGAUUUAGAACGAUCGGCACACGCUUGGGACGUGAUGGCUCAUUUAGUAGACGAGUUACGCAUAUGGCGCGAGUUGUGUCAAUUUCACUUUAGCCCGCGCCAAAUACAAUCUGUGAUCGACAGUUCACCUACUACCAGCCAAGAUUGGCAAUCUGUAUACCAUAAGUUAAGAAAGUGUUAUGGAUUACGUGAAGAAUACGCAGAAAUGAUCCAAUUGUGUCGAAAUUGCCGUUGUUUGUUUUGGCACAGUAUUGGACAUCCUUGUUUCGCUGAUUCAGAUCCAAACUUUAUGGAAAAACUCGAGGACGUAGAUAAAAACUCGUUGUAUGUACCGAUACCGCCACAAGCUUUUCUUAAGUUUUUCUCACUUUAAAUAUAGUUUCUUGUAUUUGACCAAACAAACUUUUCUUUGCAACCGAUUGUGUAAUUAGCAAGUUCGCAAUAAUAUUAAAAUUAUAAAAUCAAAACAAAAAUCUUAAAAGAUGUGGAAGGCCAGCUUAUAAUGUAAGCCUGUAUACGUUUUACUCUUUAUCUAGCAUAAAAUAUAUAAUUUAAAAAAAGUCAUGUCCAUAAAUCUCAUUUUCUUAUUUAAUAAUGAUUUUCGACAAUCUACAUUGCUCAUUUAAGGAAAACAUUUCUUAUUCUUUAUUGUAAUUAGCAGUUAAACUUUGAGCAAAAAUAAUAAAAUUUAACUUUUUUGAGUUUCCUAAUAAUUUUUUAUUUCUAGUCACCUCUAAUGUGAGUUUAUUUUUAAUUUUAUUAGUUGUACUAUUUUAAAUUGACCGGGUAUUGCAAUUUAUUAUUUUAAUUUUUUAUGUAUGCUGAAUAGUUUGUAUAUUAUAUCUGUUUUUAAUGAUGAGAUG